AUGAAAUCAAGGGACAGCAACAACAUGCAAGACGACCAAAUCAUUGUAACGCCUCCAUCACCUCCCAGCUCCUCGUUCAUGCAUCAUGACGAUGACAAACCCAAUAUUGACGAUGCCACUGUGAUCGAAUCUUUAUCCAGCUGCCAAGAUGAUAUCAAUCAAGCACAGCAUUGUUUGAAGGAACAAUAUCGACGUGGUGUGUUGCUACGUUCUUUUUCGGAUCCUGCACCGGCACUCAAUAAGGCGAACAUUAUGGAUUGUCAUCGGCUGGCUAUAGAAGCAUUGCAGCACUUAUAUGUGGAAGAGCGUCGUAGACAUACAACCUUGGAAAAAGAAGCUGAUAUUGCCAAAGAACAAGUAGUCAAGUUACAACAAGAGCUCGCGUAUCAAAAACGACAGCAUAUGGCUGAGAAGCGCAAGUGGCAAAAGGAUAUGACCCGGGUGUAUGAGAUGGCUGAAACAGUGUAUGAAAUGUCAUCCCCAGCAGCAACAGCAGCAGCACAACAUCGGAACCGGAAGCAAGCAACAGCUUCAUCGCCUGUUGAGCUGCAGAAUAGAUUGUACGACAUCCUCGCCAAUACUAUGCACCUUCAACAACAUCCAUGCACCUCUCUAAACUCGCGUGCUGAUGAUAUCUUCCCUUCUCAUUUUCUUUAA